AUGGCGUCCGAAGGGAACUCGGUGUUUUCACGAAUCAUUCGCCGUGAACUUCCCGCUACGUUUCUUCAUGAGGAUGAUCAGGUAAACCAAGAACGAUGUGUAACUCGAACUCUAAUUCUACACCGACUAUACUCGCACCUAUAGUUGCACACCUGCAAAUUCAACAAACUCAGCCUGCAGUCACUGCACUUGCAUAAUGGCUGGUGAAAAUAAGGUAAUCUUGUAUUCACCCCCUUUCUCUAUGGCUAUGGGCACUCGUUCAUAUUCAAACUCCCAGUGACGUUUUGGUGGGUGGGGGAUGGGAUAGGGUGAGUGUUAAAAUUUGAAAUGAGCAGUUUACAUUUGUGGUACACACACUUUUUUCAAAAAGAUAUCUCUUGAUGCAAGUUUAAAAUACUGGGUCAUUAAACGAGGUCUUUGUCUUAAAAAGGGUAGCAAAAUGAACCUAUUUUGCCUACACUAACCAGAUAGACACCGACACAAGAAUAAAUACAGGGGCCUGUAGGCCCGGGGGGGGGGGGGGGUAGCACUUGGGUUUUUUUUGGAUGGGUAUGUGGCGCCCGGGACUCCAAAUUGGCACCCUGUUCUGAAAAAAUUUCCCCUAAAAUUGAUACCCAGUUCUAGAAAUGGGCCAAUUUUUUUCUUUUGAGCCCGUCUCCAUCUCCCUUGGGUAUCUUAUGGACUCAUUCCAGACUUCCGCGGGAAGAUGGCAGAGUCAGCGCUUCCGGCUCGCACCAAAUUACGCCCGCCCUGCACGCUAAAACACAGGGUGUCACAAGAGUACAACAGUUUGCUUGUUAACGCAUUGAACUGUAUUUUUAAAAGCAAUCUGUCCUUGAAUAAUUUCAAAUGGCUGCUUAUAAAACUGGAGCUUUCGUGCGUUGGAAAUAUUAUACCCUGUUUUCGAGAGCGCCUCUGAAAUGGAUACCCUAUUCUAAAUCAGGAGCUUCAAAAUCACGACCCCGUUGGGCGGCACAUACCCGUAUAGGUAAUGUAUGGGAGUACCCCCGGCCUGUAGGUCAGCAAAAACCUCAAAGCUAGUUUGUUACAAAAUUGCCAUUAGAUUACAAGACCACACUUACUUACAAAACAACCUCUGAUAAAAAACAAACCUUGAAAGAAGCUAAGUACAACACUGCCAGAUACAAAAACCAAAACCACUUUGUGUAAAAAGGGAAUGCACAUCCCCGCCUGCUGAAAUCAGCUGCAGUUCCGACAACUCAGGGGCAGAGGUACGCAAAAAAACUACCUUAUUGGAACUGAAUUUCUCGCGUAGUGUAUUUCGCAAUUUUGACGAGAGUAUUUUGCAGAAUUUUAUUUUUAUGAUUUUAACAGGCAAAUGUGAAAAAGGACAUAAAAUUUGCGACUUAACCAUUCUCAACCUCAUUUUAUUUUUUCAAAAGUCUGAACCUUUAAAAACUUUUAGAUAAACUGCAAUAAAUAAUGCGUGAAAUCUUUGCAAACUAAAGUUAUUUCAAAAGUGAAGAUACAAAAAGGAGCUUACCAGUAAAACUAGUCAGCAAUUUGUGUUUGUCCAUGCAUUUCCUUUAUAUGUCAAUUGUUGCUAUUACAAGUUAAUUCUUUUUUUGAAUUUUCUAUAUGGGUAUAAAAUUUCUCAUGCUUAAAAAUCAUGAUUAUUUAUUUUCGCGUUUUUUCUACGAUCUCGAAAGACACGAAAUUAAUUACCAAUGUAGCUUCCAAAAUGAUGACUAUAAACAAAAUUAUAUAACAAAAUUGGAAAAUAAAAAAGUUAGGAGCUCAAAUGAAUGCUGACCUAGACUGAUCCAAAUUUGCAAAUAUGUACAACUAAACAUGUCUCAAAAAACUACCCACAAUUUCUCCUAGCCAAGCCAUUCCUCUGGACUGUGCCGGCAAAAUAGCUAUUUCUGUCUGUUCUGUUAUAUACUACACUGUCGUAAAUAGCAUUUUUUCACUUAAACAGGGUCAGGGUUUGAAGACCUCAGCGGCACAACUAUACCCAAACUCGCCUUUUGUGCACCCACCAUUACCUGAUCACAUGUAAAAAGGCCAAAAUCUGCAAUUACGUAUUUUUGAUUGGUCCACACACAAAACAUCUAGCACAGUUCUGUUCUGACUGGCUUAGAGGUUUUAUGUUUUAUAGGAUUUUGACACUUGUAAUUAAAUGGUGUUUGAAUAAGAUGUAUCUGAUUCAUUUGAAUAACAUCCUCCCCAGGUUUAAAGGUGAUGUUAUAUGGAUACAUAGACUGAUCUGCAAUAGCGAUUUUUAGCGCAACAAAGCAUCGCAAUGUUAAAACAGUGUUGCAACCAUUUGAAACAAUGUUGCAAAACUGUUUGUGCUCCAAAUUGUCUUCUCAAAUUGUCCUUUGUAACAUAACCUUAAGUUUGUAUUUUCAUUUUUGUGGCUGAUAAUUUAGUCAAACCACCCAUAAGUGACCACUCAAAAUGUGAAGAGUUGGUGUUCACUUAUCAGAGGUGGUUGUAACCUGAGAUCAGGCUCUAUUUUCGUUUCGCUUUGAAAAUUACAUUCCGGCAGGCAUGGUAAAAUGAAAAGAGAGCCUGAUACAAACCUUCUACGAAACGUCUGCCACCCACUUUUUUGAUUGAUUGACAUUCGCCGAAUCAGCCAACCAAAAUUACUUCCGUUGCUUGUUUUUCUAGUAUGCAAAUUUUUCACGCGUGGGAAAAAUGCAGACUGGCUGACUUAAACAAUAGCUUUUAUCUGUUAAUUUUUUCAGCUAAAAAUAAAACAGUCAGCACAAUCACAUUUAACUUCUUGCGAGAUUAAGGGAGAUCUCGAAGGUUAUUUCUGUUGGCAUAGAAGGUAAAAAGUUUUCGAAAAGACAGCGACACGAUGUUCUACUAGUUUUAUUAUUUUGGCUAGUCGUGCUUGAAUUUAAAAUACUGAAAUUUCUAUUUUUCUGUUGCCUUAAUAUUUUCCUCAGCAAUUUCCCCCGAUUUUCAGUACAUAAAUCUUUUAAAACAAAAGCAAACAGCCAACAAGCGAUGACACCAGUUUUCCUGGUUUAUUUUAUACAAAAAGCCAAGGGAAACAAGUGCCUACACUGAAAAUUCCUUGAAUAGCGAUGCAAUAUUUUUCAUCGAAUACUUCACAGUUCGCGAUUGAGGUUUCUUUCGCAGUGAGCCUCCGCUUGCGUAACCCAUUCAGAGAAGUCAUUCCCGGCUAAACUUUCAAAUGAAACCAGUUUUAAGAUGGACAGUAUUUUGAUUUGCACUCGUUUGUUGGUAAAUCAAAAGACACCUUGUUAGUGGUCAACAACUUGCAGAGGGAUUCAACUCUGCAAAACACUCACGUUAGUUCCCUAAAUAAAGCAAAUCCUGAGAAGAUAUGAGCAACCAUAUGAAUUUUCUGAAUUUCCAUGGCACAUAUUAAGGCAUAUUUUCCUACCAUAAGACCAUAAAACAAUAAAAAAGACAGCAUAACGGAUCAUUCACGAAAACAACCACGCAAGGAAUAAGCGCUUUCAACUUCCGGCGUUUCCGACAGGCAAUCAGAUCUUGUGGCAUUGUUCUAACAGCCAAUCAGCGUCACGGCCAAAAUCUGGCCGUAACAAGCACAAACAUGAGAGAGUUUUUAUCAGGCCCAAUUUUAGCGGUAGCCAUUAGAGAGAAUGUAUGAGAACUGCUAAAAUUGGGCCUGAUCUCAGGUUAAGGUGGUUGCUUAUGACAGUCAAACUGCAGGAGGUCCUUUAUGAGGAGAAAUCUUUAGAUAACAAUAAUAUUAUAUGUAAAUCCAUGUUGUUUCUAAAAGUUUGUCUAUUAUGCUGAGUAACAUAGUAGAUGUAGGGAUCGCAAAAAAACAGAACUAUACAUUACACUAGGUGGUCGCUGCUCAAGAAGAGGUUUAAAAACAGUGGAAAAUCUUAAAACCCUCAUGCUAAACAAUGGUUGCUGUCGCUCAUGGAGGCAGUCAUUUACAAGAGUUUCCAACCAUAAGGCUUUGACUAGGAAAAGUGUGGUGGUUUAGAUAUUAAAAGUGGUGUUUUAUGGGAGGUGUCGCUUAUGAGACAUGGUCGCACAUGGAGCCAUGGAGGUUCAACUGUUAUAUUGAAAUAAAACUCUAGAUGAUAUUACCUUAUCACAGAAAUAAUCUUGUGUUAGUUUUUUAAAGAAAUGAAUGUUCUGAGGUUAAUGUAUUUAAAUGGAGGGUGGCAGGUGGCCUGUGGAAAAAAAAUUAGCAGGUGUUCUUUUUCUCCCUCUCUUCUGAAAGAAAGAGUCUUGUCGCAGGUUAACAUAGAUAUUAAAUAUCAUAUUCUCCUUCAUGCCUUUCCCUCAACUCCACCACUUAACCCCUUUCACAGAGAAAUUUAAUAUAAUUACCCUCAUACAUCCAUUAUCAACCACAGAGUUGGAUAAACUAUAAACAGAAAUAGCAACAAGAGAGUAGGUACUUUUGAUUACAGUCGAUUUGAUUACUUUAUUUUCAGUGCAUAGCCAUUGAGGACAUUAAUCCACAAGCCCCUGUUCAUUUCCUGGUUAUACCAAAGAAACAAAUAAGAAAGAUAACUGAUGCUACAGAUGAGGAUGAACAAGUAUGCACAUACCAUUUUGUUUGUUUUAAGUACAUUUACCUCUUGAUUUUUAUAUGACUGCUGUGUUUAAGAAUUAAGGUAUUGCUGUUAUUGCAAGUUAAAUUUACUGUAUUAUUAUUUAAUACCCUCAGAGAGCUGUUAUCCCAACCAGGAAUUUGGGUGAAUGUGUGCCAUGGGCACCCUGAAUCCCUUAGCCUAUUAGUAUAGUGUCAAACCUUUAAAAAGUUGACACUCAUAAGACUAGAGUAAUUGCGUUCGUGUUCCCUGUGUGGGUAUCUUGGACGGUGUACCACACUAUUGACUAGAAACCUACCCCUAUCCUGCCUCCUUUAUAGUUUCCUAUGGGGGAAAGUUUCCCUGGGGGAGUACUUCCCAGUAGUAGGGUAAUGGUUAUAUGUGCUGCUGGAUGGGGUCGCAUUUUCACAAUAGGAUUGACUAUUAUGGAGUUGCAUUUUUAUAAGUUACUAGAAUGAGGUUGCACAAUUUCAGGCUUUUGGGGGUCAGAAAAUUCAGGUAUGAAGGGAUUUAAGAAUAGAAAGAUUUACAGCACAUUAAGUUUAAUGAAUGUGUUAGUUCAUUUCAGGGUAUCCAGGGUAAAAGGCUUUAUAAGGUAGAUGCAUAAACAGAAAGUGACUAAGUUGGGAUUGCGAAAAUUACUUUUUUCCCAAAGUGACUAAGAUGGGAUCUAUAAUAUGGCCAUAGAAUAGACUAUAAUGGGGUAGGGAUUCUGAGAGGGCAGCGGGACAUACCAAGAGCAAAAAUUAACCCAAGUAACCCCCUCUCACCUCCACGCUAGUUUCAUAGACAUAAUAGACCUCCCUACAGACAGCUCUGAUACCUGCACUCUGCCCAAAGAUUUGAGACUUCGUGAGGAAAAGUGGAAUAGCAGAUCAGCCUAGAAAUGGGGAAUUCUGGAUCCUGUUAACCCGUCCUCUCACUUUCAACUCCUUUUUUGCACCCAGUCACUUUGAGAGAGAAAUCUUUAUAAUGAAAAUGUAUCAGGGCUGUCAUUACUUUUUAGAGCAGCCGUAGCAAAUUAAGAUUCAACCGUAACUUCUUCCCAGAACUUUGUGGUGUCACCUUUAGCUUUCCGCUUUGAUCACCCGUAAAAUGAAGUCAGCUCAGCAGUAACAGGUGUUACAGGUUACAGCCCUUAAUGACAGCUUUGCGUACAUGUAUGACUAUGUUUUUUUUUUUUCAGCUUCUUGGUCACUGUAUGAUUGUUGCGAAGAAAGUAGCAGCCCAGAAGAGUAUUGACCAGGAAGGCUAUCGUGUGGUAAUCAAUAAUGGUCAACAUGGCUGUCAGUCUGUCUAUCACACUCAUUUACACGUUUUAGGAGGGCGAAAGCUCAAGUUACCUCCAGGAUGACUAG